AUGUCGAACGCCAAGGAGAAGGGCCUCCGCGUGGACCAGAUCUUCAAGUACUUCAAGUCCGAGGGCGCGGGCGACGACGACGACAUCACGCCCGACGACUUCGAGGCGGCCAUGAAGAAGCUGGGCUGGUCCAUCUCGGCCGGCGAGCUCGCGGCGUUGAUCGACCACUUCGACGAGGACAAGAACGGCACCGUGUCCAUGGAGGAGUUCCUGCACUACUGCCUCCACAUCCCGACCCUCGCCUGGAAGGCCGAGAAGCUCCGCCGCGAGCGCGAGGCCGCCGCGCGCGCGCCGAAGCCGUCGCUCGAGGACCGGCUCGCGCCCGAGGACGACGAGGGCGACGACGCGCCCGAGGACGGCGCGUCCCCCGAGGCGCUCGCCGCGCCGCUCGUCGACGCCGACGGGUCGCCCGGGAUCAAGAAGCCGCCGAGCUCGCCGAAGCGGUCGCGGCUCUCGCCCGACCAGAUCUACGCGGGCCAGAAGCCCCUUUGGAAGUCGAAGCAGUUCCUCACGCUCAAGAUCGGCUACGAGAAGACGCUCAAGGUUUUAGCCGUGAGCGCCAAGGACGCCGACGACACGGUCUUCGCGCCGCUCUUCGUCGACGCGACGCGCGUGCUCGAGGCGAAGCGGGACCACUUCGACGGCCUCGUGGCGGCGGAGCUCGAGGCCCGGUCGAAGAAGCAGGGCGGCGCGUCCCCCGGGAAGCCCGAGAAGCAGGCCGCCGGCGACGAGGUCGUCGCGCAGGAGCUCGCGAAUUUCGUGAUCCGCCGCGUCGGCACGGCCGCGGGCGACGCGUCGACGCUCGUGCUCGCCAUGCUGUCCAGCGACGGCGAGCUCAAGGCGAGCGACGUCGUCUACCGCAAGAACCCGGGCGUCCACGCGCUCCAGGUCGCGCCCGCGACGUCGCGGCGCCCGUCGAUGGAGGACUUCAACGCGAUGACCGCGGAGGUCGGCGAGGCCCGCGAGGCCGCGGCCGUCGAGCGCGCCGCGGGGUCCGCGGCCAUGGAGCGCCUCCGCAAGUCGCUGGACGCGUUCACGAUCAAGCACGCGAAGCCCUUCCGCGACAUGGACAACACGGAGAAGCUCAAGUUCCUCCUCGUCCGCUUCUCCUUCAAGCACAUGGUCAACAAGGUCACGCACCGCCUCAACCACUCCAAGGUCUACAAGGCCAUGCUCGCCGAGCAGGCCGCGAAGAAGCGGAACUACGGCCGCCGCCCGUCCCUCGGCGACCUCUGA